UAGAAGAAGAAGAAGAAGAAUCAUGUUAUAUACACCUCAUUCUUAAUUGUUACGCCUCCUCUUCUUCUUCUUCCUCUCUUUCUCUCUCUUAAAAUGAUUCAAAAUAUAUAAUCCCCACUUUCUUCCACCCACCCCAAAAUUCAUUGUACCCAGAAAACUCUUUCUCUUCUCUUCCGCCAUCAAGUCGGAGCUCCUCCUCCCCGGCGGCGGCGGCGGUGGUGGUGGUUUCAGGGUUCCCUGAAGGAAUCAAAAUUUACUCGAUGUACACAUUUCCAGUACUCAUUCACAUCCAUCAUCAUCAGAAGGGAAGAAAAAGGGAAUUAGCAGCUGAUUGAAAACAAAAGAAAGAAAAAAUUCAUUCCGGUGAAGGAAUUAAAAAAGGUUAAAUAAAUCAUUAUUCAUUAAUGGUAAUUGAUUAUCACCACCAGUACAGCAACAGUACAAUGGCAGUAGCACCACUUUCCUUCUCAUCGUCGUCCUCCGCCGGCUCGGCCGCCGGUGCCGGAGAAAAGAAGCACUGGUGGCUCACCAACAAGAAGAUGGUGGACAAGUAUUUGAAGGAGGCUAAGAUUCUUCUGGCAAGCCAAGAUCAAUCGGAGAUUGUUUCGGCUUUGAAUCUAUUGGAAGCGGCUUUGACGAUCUCGCCGCGUUUGGAGCAUGCCUUGGAACUGAAAGCCAGGUGUUUGCUUCAUCUCCGGCGGUACAAGGACGUUGCCGAUAUGCUCAAGGACUACAUUCCUAGCCUCAAGAUGGCUGCUGCCGGCGCCGGUGAUUCUCCCAACUCUUCCACCGAAAUCGGCGGAUCCUCUGCUCUCUCCAAAGAGCAGGUUAAGCUUCUGUCAUCCUCUUCUUCCGGUGUUGUUGAGGAAGAGGAGGCCGAGCCGAUCUUUAAGUGUUUCUCCGUCUCCGAUUUGAAGAAGAAAGUCAUGGCUAGUCUCUGCAAAAAUUGCCAGAAAGAGGGCCAGUGGAGGUACUUGGUCUUGGGUCAAGCUUGUAGCCAUUUAGGGCUAAUGGAGGAUGCCAUGGUUCUUCUUCAGACUGGUAAACGCCUGGCUUCUGCAGCCUUCCGGCGUGAGAGCAAUUGCUGGUCCGAUGACAGCUUUUUCUUCCGAGAACUCCCCACCACCAUUCCCGAUCAACCUCAAGCACCACAAACUGCACCACCAAAGACCGAGGCUGAAAGCAUUUGUCAUCUCCUUAGCCACAUCAAGCUCCUCAUCCGGCGGAAGACUGCCGCUUUGGCUGCCCUGGAUGCAGGACUAUACUCUGAAGCCAUUAGACAUUUCUCGAAAAUUUUAGAUGGCCGUCGAGGAGGGCCUCAGGGCUUUCUUGCUGAAUGCUAUAUGCAUAGAGCCUUGGCGUAUAGGUCUGCUGGAAGGAUUGCCGAGGCGAUAGCUGAUUGCAAUAAAACCCUGGCGUUGGAUCCCUCUUGCCUUGAGGCAUUAAACACUCGAGCCACCCUUUUUGAAACCGUCCGAUGCCUGCCUGAUUCGCUGCAUGAUCUUGAGCAUCUCAAGCUUUUGUAUAACUCCAUUUUACGGGACAGGAAAUUGCCCGGACCAGCCUGGAAACGUCAGAAUGUCCAAUACAGGGAAAUUCCUGGGAAGUUAUGUUCUUUGGCAACCAAAAUGCAAGAAUUGAAGCAGAGAGUUGCUUCUGGUGAAACAGGGAAUGUAGAUUAUCACGCGUUAAUUGGGUUGAGACGGGGUUGCACCAGAUCAGAGUUAGAGAGAGCACAUUUGCUGCUCACAUUGAGACACAAGCCUGAUAAAUCUUCUAGUUUUAUUGAUAGAUGCCAGUUUGGAGAUGAGCGCGAUGUGGAAUCAGUUAGGGAUAGGGCAAAAAUGUCGGCAUUGUUGUUGUAUAGAUUGAUCCAGAAGGGUUACACCAGCGUAAUGACAGCCAUCAUGGAUGAAGAGGCUGUCGAAAAACAGAGGAAAAAGGCUGCAGCUGCAUUACAAGCUGCACAGGCACAGACACAGGCACAGGCAAUUCAAGUUCAACAGACACAGCUGCCGCCACAGCCACCUGUGGCCGUUGUUGUUCAGCAGAUGACCAAUGCGACGGAGCCCUGCAGGAUUGAGAACAAGGGUUCUUCUGCCAAUGCAGCUGCUAGUGCUUCUGUGUUUCAAGGAGUUUUCUGCAGAGACCUUGCAGUUGUGGGAAAUUUGAUUUCUCAGGCCGGUUUUAACCGUCCAAUUCCAGUGAAAUACGAGGCAUUAAGCUGUUAAUGGUGGCAGUAAUAAUGAAUCAAACCCUUGUUUGAUCAGGUCAAUGAAGAAAUCUGGAGGGAUUUUCAAGAAGUUGAAUAAUAAUAAUAAGAAUAGCAUGAUGCAAGAUCAAUGAGUAGUAAUUAUGAUGCAGUAUGGUCAUUUUUGUACAAAAAGGAAGAGAGGUUAAUUUACUGCCUGGACAGGCCAGGAAAAUUUUGUUUUUGCCCCUACCAUAAAACAUCUACCCUCCCCUUUCUUUAGUUCUUUUUAACUUUGUUACCUGUAUCUGUACAGAGUUAAAUUCAGUACUUCAGUACUUCCUUUUAGUUUCUUUCUACUCUUUGAAAUUUGUUUUGGUUCAUAAAUUCCCUUCUGCCAGAAAUUUAUUUCAUUCACCAUUUAUGUUCUUCCAUUCCCUUUGUAGAUUGAUAGUAAUAGAGAAACAGGGCUAAAAUAAUGGCACUUUUUUGCAUUGGAAUAGUAAAAUGGGAAGAAGGGGGUAUCCUAUUAUUAAUUAGGGUUUUGCUUACUGGAG